CCGAUGCAGUUUCUGUACUCAAGUCAAGCCCCAGUCUUGUCAUGUCAGGCCUCAGUCAGACUUGGUUAAACACCACUCAUACGAUGACAAGCUCUCCUCAACAUCUCCUCAACAUCUGUACUAAUGUCAUCCUCCACACUUUCCUAUGCCGGCCGUCAAACCCCACCUCGGUGCGCGUCAGCACUUUAACUUGUCUCCUUUCGUUCCCCUGCUAUGAUCGCUCAGGUGCGCCGUUCAACUGAUGCUCUUUGCGAACUCAAAUUUGACAAGUAGAAUAGGUAAUACAAUAGCUUAUCUUCCAGCUUCUGUGCAGAUCACUUGGACGUCACAUGCUUGGAUGACGUUGCCACUCAGAGUCAGACUAGUCAAGCCCCGCCUUCGCCUCGACCCUGGUGCAUUGCCACUGUCAUCGAGCUUCGUGCAGGCCACGGGGCUCGACAGUCGUCUUCAUUCACACUGUCACGUAUCCAGCUUCCGCUCAUUAUUUCUAAAUAUGCAACUAUAUAGCCCCUCUAUUAAAACGGUCAAGCAGGUCGGGCUUGGUGGAAUGGUCUCUUGUCCAGUCUUCGGAGAUCAUGACAAGGUCGAAGGCAAAGUUAUUCUUAACUGCUUACAAAACGGUCGGCUGAACAUAUCUAUCGAAGGUGUUACGUCUCUAUAGAGGAGGAUCUAGACGACGAAUCUGCUCAGGGAUCUAAAACUUCGAAAUACAAGCAUAUAUUCUUAUCGUUCUCUGCCGUUAU